AUGCCUAAAGAACCAAAACAAAGACAGGAUGAUAAUAUCCCCCCACCACCACAAAACAAUCCACGCCAAUGUCAUUUCUGGGUGAAGCGAAAGAGCACGGUAUAUGAGGACGAGUUACAAACGCAUCUGAGAAAAUGUAACGCAAGACCUCUUCCUAAACAACCUUACUUCUCUCUCGAUAUUAACUGUACACUGGCAUCAUCCGAUUCACACGUAAAAAUUGCACUAUCAGAGCUUCCAAAGGAAGAACUUGACACUUUGAUCAAGAAGAUCGAGCAAUGGUACGACUUGCUCGUGCCCGAGAUACAAACAUCUAUCUUGGAUCACCCAGUGCUGCAAAAAAAGAUGGAAACAUUGAAGAAUGCAAAGCAUGCUAUUCAGCAGGCGUCUCUUCUGGGACACAUGGAAAAAUUGUCACUAUUGCCAAAGGACGGCUGCUUUAUUGAAUUCGGUGCUGGUAAAGGAGAAUUAUCGAGAUUUGUUCAGGCAGCGGUUGCUGAUGAUGGCAGUGCAGCGUUUAUUCUAGUUGAUAGAAAGAAUAUGCGCUUAAAGUUUGAUUCCAACAUUCGAGCUGCUUCCGAUUCAUCGGCUGUAAGGCGUAUAUGGAGUGACAUUAAAGAUUUAGACUUGUCAAAGAUUGAUUUAAUCGAAAACAAGAACGUAAUCGCGUUUUCCAAACACUUGUGUGGAUCCGCGACGGAUGUCACUCUUAAAGCACUGGUCAAUCUUGCAAAGUCUACAAACCACGGCUCCAAUAAUCCAGUCACGGGCAUUUUAAUCGCAUUGUGCUGUCAUCAAUUAUGUCGAUAUUACAUGUAUCCAUAUCAAGAAUAUCUCAACGAGACUGGCAUAACACCAAGGGAUUUCGCGUGCAUGUGUGCAAUGAGUAGCUGGGCUAUCUGCGGACAGCGGUCAAAGAACGACGGAGAUGGAGAUGACGACCAUGAUUACAAUGAUCGAGAUUGUGUUUAUGAGGACGACAAUAUCGGAGCACAUUAUUCUGGACUAGGACAUUCAGAGAGAGAGAUUUUGGGAUACAAAUGUAAAAGAAUAUUAGAUAUGGGAAGAGUGAGGUAUCUUGAAGCCAAUGGAUUUCAAUCAUAUCUGGUGUAUUAUGUGGAUUCACUCGUUUCUCUUGAGAAUGUGGCUCUGCUAGCAAUACAACAAUGA